AUGUCUGGUGAUAAAAAGGAUGAGAUCCUUGCUAAAAAACAUGAAUAUCAACAUAGCGCUAAAUUGGGUGUUGCCACGAAGUCCAAGAAAUUCUUAGCAUCAAUGGUAAAUAUGUCAGAAAAUGACUUAGAUCAACAGAACCCAUAUGAAGAUGGCCAUGACUUCUAUGAAGUUGAUGAAGCUAGAAUGUUGAACAUUAAAGAUUUCCAAUACGAGUUUUCUAUAGAACCUGCAACAAGAUUAAAUGAUCAUGAUCCUUAUAACUUUGUGUAUGUGGGUCUUCCUGAAACCCAUCAUGUCUUGAAGAAAGUGCAUAACUGUUUCUAUUAUUGUGCAAAGAGGUUUGAAGGUGAAGGUCCUGUAUUUUGUUGUUGGAACGAACGGGUUAAUAUAUUUAUACUAGAGGUCCCAGAUGAGCUCCGUCGUUUGUUCACAAGUCAAACCGAUAGGGAUGCAAAGUAUUUCAGAAGGAACAUCCGUUACUUGAAUUCACACUUUUCUUUCACCAGUAUGGGGGUUUCCAUUGAUUGUAGUUUGGCAACAGCAAAGGGUACUGUUAUUUAUACAUUUAAAGCUCAUGGCCAAAUAUAUCACAUGUUGGAUCAACUUAUGCUCGGUGCUAAGGGACCAUGCCACAUGCAGUUAUACUUUUAUGACACAGAUGAGACUAUGCAUCAUAGGAUGAAAAGAUCACCACACCUUGAUGCUAAUGUGAUCCGCACUGUAUUAAACAUCAUGCAACACAAUCCAUAUGUUUAA